CGAAUCCCCCAAUUUCGUAAACCCUAAACCCUAAAUCCGAGCGAUUUGAAGCUACAGAGAGAGAGAGAGAGAGAGAGAGAGAGAGAGAGAGAUGGGGUGGAAAGCAGCGGAGAAGAUCAUCAAGCAUUGGAAGAUCCUCCGAGGAGACAACGUGAUGAUCAUAAGGGGGAAAGAUAAGGGCGAGACGGGGAUCAUCAAGCGCGUCAUCCGAUCCCAAAACCGCGUCAUCGUCGAGGGCAAGAAUUUGGUCAAAAAGCACAUAAAGCAGGGGCAAGGACAUGAAGGUGGGAUCUUUUCAAUUGAAGCUCCUCUUCAUGUUUCGAAUGUCCAAGUUCUUGAUCCAGUCACUGGGAGACCUUGUAAGAUUGGAUACAAGUAUCUAGAAGAUGGGGCUAAGGUCAGAGUCUCUAGAGGGCAAGAAGCAUCUGGAGCCGUAAUUCCGCGCCCAGAAAUACUAAAAGAGAGGAGAAAACCUAGACCAACCAUACUUGGUCCUAAGGAUACACCGAUGGAACUUGUUCUAGAGAAGACAUACGAUGCUAAAGCCGGGAUUGGAAUGCCCGAUCUUUAGGAUAAUUUACUUCAAAGUUAUGGAGCCUCUCGCGAUUGUUACGUUCACGGGCGGCGCGAUCGGUCAGAUCGGUUUUCUGCUCUACCGCUUCCGACCGUUCUUCUCUUUCGUCCGCCGCCUUGUCGAGUGCCUCCGGAACCCCCGCCCGCCGCCGCAUUCGCCGGUCGUCGCCCCGUGGAGGCGGCGCGGGAACUCGGAGAAUAUGGAUGAUUGAAAAAAAAGGAAACAAGAUUAAAAAAAAAAGGAAAAGGAUAAUGUCUCAUUUGCUUGAGUAAUGCAACAAUUGGAUUGAGGACCAUUUUCUUAGCCACCACUACUAAUCUUUGGAUGUAAUAACUAUUUGCUAUGUAAUGGUUAUAAUCAAAUUUGAAUAUGUAGUAGUGUAAUAUUUUUUUUGAAUGAAUUAUUGAAUCCUUUGCAACAUAUUGUUAGAAA